GAUGCCAUUCCCCAGCGCUCUGGAUCUGAGCUGGCACGAAGCACUCUAACAGAACCGCCAAGCAGAAUAGUAGUACGCAACCCGCAAUGGCCACUCCCAAGACUAACACCACCACCACCACAACCCCCCUCCUCAAACGCACCCUAACCCUCCUCCUAAGCCCACUCACCGACCUCCACCUAUCGCUGCACAACCCCCUCUGGACCUUCCUCGAAACGACGCUCUACGCCCUGCCCCACCCCCCGCCGCGGCGCAAGCGCACCGCCCCGAUGCGCGUCAUCUGCGUCGGCCUGCCACGGACGGGGACCGAGUCGCUGCAGCAGGCGCUCCUCGCGCUGGGGUACAGCCAUACCUACCACGGGUGGGACAUCGUGUACGACGAGUCCGGCGGGGCAGGGUACGCGCCUGGCUGGGUGCGGUUGGCGCGGAAGAAAUGGUGUAAUGAUAUCUCCGGAAAGGGGGAAGGGGAGGUGGAGGGGGUGAUUACGGCGGCAGAGUUCGACGAGCUUCUAGGGCACAGCGUGGCGGUCACGGACGCGGCCGCGAGCGUGUUUGCCGCCGAGAUGGUGGCCGCGUACCCCGAGGCGAAAGUGGUGUUGAACAUGCGGCGGGAUGUGGAUGCGUGGGAGAGGAGUCUGCGCAAGACGCUCGUGCACGCGAACCAGAGCUGGGGGUUCUGGAUUGCGAGCUGGUUGGAUAAGGAGUGUUUCUGGGCGUGGCAUGUGUAUGAGCGCUUCCUGUGGCCGCUGCUGUUCCGUGCGCCCGAUGGGGACAUGGCGCGGGCGAUUGAAGGGAAUGCGCGGUGGGUGCAGAGAGAACACUGCAACAUGAUCCGGGGCCUGGUUCCCAAGGAGCGCCUGCUGGAGUGGUACAUUGAGGACGGAUGGGAGCCGCUCUGCAAGUUUCUCGGCAAGCCCGUGCCCAACGUUGAGUUUCCGCACGUCAAUACGGCCACUGGCGGGUGGAAGGCGCGGGAAGAGCAGUGCAAUAAGCGGUGGGUCGAGAGGGCGUUUUUGAACUUGAUCCUUCUUUUCACUGGCCUAAUUAUCAGUAUCAUCGUGGCCAGGAGAUACCUGUUCUGAGUCGUGUUAGUCCUGCGGACGGUGGUUUUUAGAGCUGAUAGUACUACUCGUAGUAAGCAUCAAGAUCGGAUCGUGUGUGCUAAACAGGGAGAAGGGGCUUGAAGGCCAUGCUGAGAAUAAAGCCCAC